GCAUAUGGACGAUACUUGAUUUUAAAUACUCAACCGAGUUCCCUCUUUAAAUACUCCAUUUAAAAAUAUACUCCACAAUUAUGCAUUUUGUAAAUUUAAUAAUAAAAAAAAUUGCCGAAACCAGGGAUCGAACCAGGGACCUUUAGAUCUUCAGUCUAACGCUCUCCCAACUGAGCUAUUUCGGCGCGAUGUACGAUUUUCCACCGAUAUUAAACAACUCUUGAAGAUUACGUGAGCCAUUUGAACAAACUAGUCCCUUCUUGGGGAUAAAUUUUGUUACUCCACACUCCGACAGUAUUAAAAAUCAACAUAGCGCGGAACAAUUACUCCUUCCAUACGUACGCAGGCACUUUCGCCAUCGACAACCGACUGAAUCGGAGGUCGCCUAAAAACGAGGGUAAAAGAAUGAAAAGUGGCGGUGGCACCGCUCGUAUCAUUUUCACCGACGGCCUCUCGUGCGACCGACUCUACUCGAUUUUAAACCCGCACCGAGCCGUAAUCACCUACUUUGGAAUCGAGGUUGGCGGUUUAUUGUCGUUUGUUUCGACUUCUUGGAUUCGUUUCCGGAGCGACUGUCUCGAUGUGACCGCUAGUGCCUGGUGUUUCGCUACAGUGUCGGGACUUUUCAUGGGUCAACUUUAGGAGAAAAAUGGAGACGAGACUGUUGUUCUUUUCCUCGCUGAUUUUCGCCGUCCUGGAGCCGACACGUGGUCACGGACGUCUCAUAGAACCGCCGUCCAGAGCGUCCGCGUGGCGAUACGGAUUUGACACUCCUCACGAUUACAAUGACCACGAAUCUUAUUGCGGCGGAUUUACGCGGCAAUGGAUCAAAAAUGGUGGCAAGUGUGGGGUCUGCGGAGACGCCUGGGAUUCCAAAAAACCGAGGGCUCACGAGUACGGGGGCACUUACGGACAGGGCGUUAUCGUCAGAAAGUACGGGGUGGGGGGCUUGAUGAACGUCAGGGUGGAAUUAACGGCCAACCAUCACGGUUACUUCGAGUUCUCCAUUUGUCCAGAUUUCAAAUAUACGACUCAGGCGUGCUUGGACGAAAACAAACUCAAGCUGGUGAGGCCGCAGGAAGGGGUCGACCACCAGGGAUCCAGAUAUUUUCCCAAAGAAGGCAACAAGGUUUACGAAAUGAAGUACAGGCUACCAAAGAGAACGUGCAAGCAUUGCAUAUUGCAAUGGCGAUAUAUAGCCGGCAACAACUGGGGCAACUGUCCGAACGGCACCGGCGCCGUAGGCUGCGGACCCCAAGAAGAAUUCCGGGCCUGCGCGGACAUUACGAUUUCGGGCAAGCCGACCGACGAGGCGAUGGUACCACCGGACGUGGAGGUCGUCGAAGACGGCGAGGAUUACAACGAGUUGGUGCCCCUGAUAGACACGCCGACGGUGCCGCCGAAACCGUCGCACUACAAUCCGAUUUCCGCCAUCGUCGUCGCCGUCGUGUCUUUUUUAGUAGCAUUUUUAGCGUUGUUCCUGCUCUAUUUUCAUUUCUACCGGGUUGGUAGUGCCGUGCGCGACUUUUUGAAGAAGCGCACCGAAAAGUCGGGCAAAAACUUCCCUCCCGCCGUUCCCCCCAGGUCCAGGAAAGGCAGCAGGGGCAACGAGGAGGAUCUCCCCGUCGAGACGCGCGGUUGAAGUUAUCGUGUGAUAUAUUUAACUCUCGUGAGCGAUUUCCUCUUCUAGAAAGGUAUAAAAGUCUGACGCAAUUAUGGUGUACGGUGCGUCCAUUGUAAAUAAGUACGUAGGAAUUCGGCGAAUAAUUCCAAAGAUUUGCGUGUAUAAAAGGAAUUACGGAGCGCACCCUUCGCAAUUUAACGACGAAUCAGGGAUAUUGAGUGUGCACAAAUAUUUUUUUAAAAUGUAAAAAUGCGAUGAAAUUUACGAUGGUUGUUAGGUGGUGUCUUAGGAAACAAAACAUCUAUUAACAGUGACGAAUGAAACAUUUAGUGUAUAAAUUCGUGUUGGCCGUCAAUUGAUCACUUAUCUAUUAUUAUUUAAUAAUAAUAUAUAUUUUAUAUUAAAUUAUUAUGCAUGUGUGAUGUCCAAUUUACCUUUAUAGGUAUAUAAUAUCCAAAAACGAUACUUAGCGAGUCGGGGAUUCCCAGUAAUAAUAUCGCACAAUAAAAAUAAAUAUAAAUGUCGUAGUAUUUUUAAAAUUAUUUUGAUCAAAUGACCAUCGAUUAAUAAUUAGAUUAAUUACUAAUUAAAUUCAUGAAUCUUUGUUUACCUUUCAGUGUUGAACAGAUCAUAAUAUUUUAAUAUGAAGCAUUAACAUUUUUCUUUAUGAUUAUUUUUUUUCUCUUAAAGAUUCAUUAUUAUUUAAAGUGCUUUAUUUGCUUUUUAUUUUAUUACGAAAUUAGGUGUCCACUUUAAUUAGGUAUACUUAUUAUAGGCGUCUUUUGGAUGCAUAAAUCGUUUUAUCGAUAUUUCGUGUCUACUCCGCUGUAGAUGUUAUAAUAAAAUUGAAUGUUGUGGAUUUUUAAAAAUGUUAUUUAUUAAUUAUUUAUUUUAUAAUUAAUUAAUAAUAAUUAAUAAUAUUAAUUAAUAAUCAAUACUAUUAAUUAAUAUUAAUUAAUUAAUUAAUAUUAAUUAAAUUAAGAUGACGCUUUUAUGAGUCGGGCGGGCAGGGGCUCGCGCUUUUGCGGAGACUUUUCAGGAUACUUUCAAACGUAUCCAAUGUUUUAUAAAAAUAUUGGUGCAAAUGGCAACCUCCCACAGACCUCUAAACAUUUUUUAGAGGUCUGUGCUUCACUUCACACUCAAGCCUGAUGCUAGCGGCGUACUUUUCACAUCGUAGAUGAAUAAUAUUUAUUCGAAAUCGAAGUGCAAUCAAUAAUACCACCGUGUAAGUUAGAUUUAGGUUUAUUUUUCAGUGACUUGUUACAUAUUAUUUGACUAUAAUUCCUUAGUUACGAAAUAAAAUAUACAUACAACUAUUUGUAGUCACAGUUACUGUUUUGUACCACCUAGAACAUGCCAAAUCAUGUCUACCAUGACAUAUUUGCAUAAAUAAGAUUUUUUUGAGGAUCAUUUUUUUCUUUAUCCUUAAGCUGAUUUUAAAUAUACAUAAACCCACGAAAAAAUUUUUUUUGU